AUGAUCCAACAGCAGAGUAUUCAAGUUAAAUGGUGCAAGCGAGUUGUUUGCGUGCCUGCCAUGAUUAAACCCUUAAGAGAAACAUCGGCCGUGGUAAAGUGUUUGGCAACAAGAAUUCUUCCGGGUAACGACGUGGGAUCGGUUUACAUGCCUGUCAUUAUCCACUGGAUGAGCAAACGCAAGCCCUCCUGGACACUGCUGUACCUGUGGGCGACUGUGCUGACGGUGCUGCAGAUUAAGCCGGUGAGGUUUAAUCAGUGGUUGAGGUGGGACGGCACAAAAGAUAUUCACAAUUACCUGCCUGUUGCUGGUGGCCCGCUGUCACCUGUCCAGCCCUCACCUGCGCCGGCCUGCCAGGGCCGAUGCCUGCGCCAUGUAAUGCGCCAGCCUCCAGUAUGGCACGACAAGCGUGUGUUGGAGCACCUGAGGACCAGGAUAGAGGAAGCUCCCCGGACACCCGGCCAUUUCCCAAACCCUCACCAUCCGCCCUGGGCGAACCUUCCUUCUCACAGUAUCAUCGAAACAUACAUCAGGAAUGUCCUUCAAACGAAGGAGGGCGGAGUGUUCGUGGAGGUCGGCGCCCAGGACGGGCUGUGGCUGAGUAACAGUUGGUGGCUGGAGGCCGCUCGAGGCUGGAGAGGACUCCUCGUCGAGGCCGACCCACACAACUACCUCCACCUCAGAGCCUCUCCCAGGACCUCCAGGACCCUUCCCGUCUGCGUCACUACCGGACUCAGAGUUAAACAGGAUAAAUUAAUUCGGACUCGCUUUCCAAGUAACACCACUGAAGAAGUCUACUGUAACCAGAAGGGUCAUUCGAAACUUUUUAAGUACGCCACUAAGUCAGACGUGGGCUUUGGAGAGACUUGGACCAGCACCUGCUUCCCUCUCUUCUCAGUCCUGGUCGCCGCCGGGUACCGCCAGGUAGACUUGCUCAUCUUUGAUAUGUAUGGUGGCGGGUUCGAGAUGACGUCAGAGUUCCUCUCUCUGAACGCAGCUAUUGGCAAAAAGUUCUACGCUAAGGUGAUACUGUACCAGGACAACGAGCUGCAACAGUUCUUCAAUAUGGAAGAUCUCCAGGCAUCGUUUCAGCAACAGGGUUACAAACUUAUUCAGAUGACGCAGUUUCAUUACCUCGCAGUAUCACUGGACGCUUUUAUCAUACAAUAA